GGGGGGAGGAGGAGAGGAGGAUAUAUAUGCUGGUGUGGUUGAGACGGCGGAACCGAGCCUCACAUCCGAGGGAGCCGGGCUGCUGACAGCUCUCAGCAUCUUGCCUCCCGCUCCUGCACCAUGAAAACCCUGCUUUGUGACCUCCUGCUGCUCAGCCUCUUCUCCAGCGUGUCCAGCAGCUGUCAGCAGGACUGUCUGACCUGCAGAGAGACGCUCCGCCCAGCUCUCGACAGCUUCGACCUCGAGGUGUGCAUCCUCGAGUGUGAAGGGAAGGUCUUGCCCAGCCCUCUCUGGACCCCAUGCACCAAGAUCAUUGCCAGGGGCCCCUGGCAGCUCAGCCCUGCUGACCCAGAGCACUUGGCAGCUGCUCUUUACCAGCCAGGAGCCUCCGAGAUGCAUCUGAAGCGAAUGCCCCGUGUCAGGAGCCUUGUUGAAACACAGAAAGAGACAGAGCCUGGCACGGAUGAGGCUGGAGGGGAGCAGAAGCAGCUGCAGAAGAGGUUUGGGGGCUUCACUGGGGCCCGGAAGUCGGCCCGGAAGUUGGCCAACCAGAAGCGGUUCAGUGAGUUCAUGAGGCAGUACCUGGUCCUGAGCCUGCAGUCCAGCCAGCGCCGGCGCACCCUGAACCGGAAUGGUAAUGUGUAGCCGGAAGGGGAGCCCCUCCCAGCUGCACCGUCCACUUCAACCCAUGAGUGUCCGGGUGAUCCCCAAAACAGCAUGUCGCCAGGCCCAGACCUGCCGGCUGGGCAUCCGGAUUCCUCCCUUCCCGCGGCACUGAGCCGGCCUUCGCCUCCAGGUCUCCCCGCGCGCCCCCCCCCCCCCUUCUCCAGGGCGCAGCGCCUCCCCGUCUGGCUGUCUUCCCUUCCCCCUCCCCCGCCCCGCCCACAGCAUGUUUCAUGACAACCCAGUCGCUACAUCAGAGUGUAUUUUUGUAAUUCCUCCAGCUGACAUGUAAAUGGUCCCGUCUUUCCUUCUCACCCACCUCCUCCCUCUUCUAGGGGUGGGUUGAUGGAACAGGACAUCAAGCCUGGGGUUUUGACUUGUCACUGCCAUCACUUGUUUGUAAAAGAGCUGUUCUUUUUGACGGAUUGUUUUAAACAGAUUAUUUCUCCAUUAAACUUCUACUGAGCAAA